AUGGGGCAGGAGGCGGAGGCGGAUGCGGAUGAGCAGCUGCAGCGGCGGCUCCGGCGGGUGUUCGCUGCCGAGGAGCGGUCGUUCCGCAUGGAUCGGCGCUCGCCGGCCGCCGCCGACCUCCGCUCCGCCGUCGCCGACGUGCUCCCCCGAUUCCUCGGCAACUACUCCGACGAGACCCUCGCGGAGUACAUUGUAAUUUUAGUUUGUAAUGGGAAACAUCAGUAUCAAGCACGCGAUGAUUUGGAGGCCUUUCUUGGUGAUGAUAGUGCAAAAUUUGUUGCAUGGCUUUGGGGUUACCUAAGCAAAACGGCUGUAGCACUGGCUAAUGAUUCUAGCGUGCAACAUAGGCUGGAAAAUGAAAGUCAGGACCGGAAUGACAAGAAAAAUCUUCUGGUCUCAAAAACCCAACCCGGGGAGGCUCAUAUUGCAAACUCAAAUAUCUUAGUACCACAAGAGCAUAAUGGCCUUCACAAGCUUGAUUUAAGUAAGGGACAAAAUGUGGCCCAGCGACGCAUUAGUUCAACUGUUACCAUUUCCCCUAAAAUGGUGGCUGGUGACGAAUGUUAUCGGGAGGGCCAGCAUCAGAAGAAAGAUUGGAGUUUAACAGGUGGCAGAAGUUCCUCCAUGCGGCAGUCUGGUGUAGCUGCAAAGACUGAACAUACAUUGAUGCAAGAGGAACCCCAUGAUGAGCAUCUUGGCGGAAAUUCCUCCACAAGACGUUUGCCUGUGGCCAUGGGAACUGAUGAUGGUGAAGUGCCAGAAUCCAUGAGAAGGCCCCGCAAUGUUUGGGACAGGCUAGGGAAGCCUGCUAUGGAGGAUCAAGGUUUAGCUACAGAAGCUGACAACAUGCAUGUUGAAAAUUUAAUGCAUAAGAAGGCCAAGUUAAUGGUGUCUGAGCAUGAACGAAGAUGCCGUGUUAACUCAAGUACGGAAGGCGAUUUAUUUGACAGAGCAAAUUCUGGAAACUUUUCCAGUAGUUACCCAGAUGUCAAUACAGCACACGCACAUGAGCCCGGGGAGAAAUCCAACAGAAGCAGGCUGACCGGUCGGUUGAAUUUUGGUGAUGUGGAGCGUAAUCGUCAUCAAGUUAGAGAUGUUAUUAGCCGGAAGUCUACUUCAACUCCGCCAGUGAAAAGUUUUGUUUCACAAAGUUUGAAUGAGUUCACAUCCAAGGUGAAGAGCUCACCUGCAUCAGUUUCUGAACCAGCACGGCAUGCAAACUCGUUAAAAGGACAUGUAUCAGCAUCUGACAAAUUGUCCCAGUUAAAUAUGCGGCUAAAUUCAGGAACUGAUGUUUUGCAAAGUCAGCAAAUUAGCAGCCCUGCACAGUCCAAGAGUGGGUCUUCUGUUCGUGAAGAUGGUGGCAAUUACAGUAACAAACCAGUAAAAGAUGAGAUGUUGGAUGUGAAACUAAAGCUAAAGCAGGUGGAACUAGACAUGCUCAAGCUUCGGUCCAAGCAGGCGCAGAUAAACAAUGGGAAGCAAGGAGCCCUCCCAUCAGGGCCCCAUUCGAAUUUAGAGGAGGAUGCCGAUGCCAGAACUGUUCUUGUGACAAAUGUGCAUUUUGCGGCAACCAAAGAAGCAUUAUCAACACAUUUUAUGAAGUGUGGGACAGUGCUUAAGCUCAAUAUGUUGACAGAUGCAAUUACUGGCCAUCCAAAAGGGGCUGCAUUUGUUACUUUUGCUGACAAGGAAUCUAUUGGGAGGGCCCUAUCUUUGAGUGGGACGUCGUUUUACUCUAGAGUUCUCACAGUAAUGCGGAAAGCAGAAGCACCUCCUGGAUUUUUGGCGUCUAUUCAGCAGAUUGGGAGGCCGCUGCCAUGGAACUCGCCACCAUUCCAGAAAGGGGUUAGUCCAAAGCAGUCCUCUGGUCAUCAUCUCCAGUGGAAACGUGAGCAGUCUGCCAUGGAAAAUUCCCCUGCCAAUUGCCCUACCGACUGA